AGCGUGAAUGCGACCUCAAUAAACUCCAACGACAGUGGAGGUGAGUGAAAUCGAAGCGAGAGUGGGGUUUCGAGAUUCGUCUCCUUUUUUAUUUCACGAUGAAACUCAUUCCGGUGGGGGUUCUGUAGCUCAUUGAGGAGAUCGGCGGUGGAAAGCAACCGAUCGUCGUUUCCUGGGGUUUUCCGGCGAGCUCCGUCGGCGGUCGGCGUUGUCGGUUUGAGAUGGAAUCGAUCUGGUAAAAUGCAGGUUGCGAUGGCUAGGUUUUUGAUGCCGAGGCUAGUUAGAAUCCGUUGAUUGGAUCCAUGCGCUGCUCUGUGGCGAUUUUCAAUGGGAGAUCUAUUGAAUACAAGCCAGGAAAGUGCAAAGAAAGCGCAGGGCUAGCAAGUCCGGAACAAUGGUCGCUGCUGAAGCAUGUUUGCUUUCGCAGUUUUCCAGAUCCGCUGAAAAGAAUUGUGAUCCUUUUCAAAGAUAUAUACUAGCUUACAUGCUGCUGGCUAAAGAUGGAAGUCUGAUGUUGAAAGAGGUGAAGAAAAACAUAUUUGAGCAGAAUUUCUAUUUUACACCUAUGCUGGAUUGCAUCAUUUUGAAGAAGAAAAAUACCGAUGUCAAGUCACAGCAAGGCGAUAAUCAAAACGGCCAGAAAUCAAAUGAUUGCCUUCUCCCUGGCCUUCAUGAUGAUAUUGCUCUAGAUUGCUUGGCCAGAACGAGCAGAUCAGACUAUUCUUCACUUGCUUGUCUAAAUAAAAGGUUUAACCUUUUGAUAGGCAGCGGAUACCUUUACAAACUAAGAAGAGAACUUGGAAUCAUCGAGCACUGGGUAUAUGUAGCAUGUAGCCUCAUGCCCUGGGAAGCAUUUGAUCCUUUUGGACAAAGAUGGAUGAGAUUACCUCGAGUUCCCUGUGAUGACUGCUUCUCACUUGCUGACAAGGAGUCUCUUGCUGCAGGUACUCAACUCCUUGUCUUUGGUCGAGAACUCUCAGGCUUCGCUAUUUGGAUGUAUAGCUUGGUUACUCGUGAUUGGUCACGUUGCCCACCCAUGAACUUACCUCGCUGCCUGUUUGGAUCCGGUAGCUUCGGAGAGAUUGCUAUUGUUGCCGGAGGGGUUGACAACAAUGGCCGUGUCUUGAAAUGCGCUGAACUUUACAAUUCAGAAUUUGGCACGUGGGAGACUCUUCCAGAUAUGAAUCUCCCACGAAAACUAUGUUCUGGAUUUUUCAUGGACGGCAGGUUCUAUGUUAUAGGAGGAAUGUCUAGUCACACUGAUUCUUUAACUUGCGGUGAGGAGUAUAACCUCGAGACGAGGACAUGGAGGAGAAUUCCAGAUAUGUACCCUAGUCAUAGUACUGGUAAUAGGGCAACACAAUCUCCUCCGCUUGUUGCUGUUGUAAAUAACCAGCUUUAUGUUGCUGAUCAAUCCACGAACGAGGUUAAGAAGUAUGACAAGUCUAAUAACACUUGGAGUUUUGUUAAAACUUUGCCCGUUAGGGCUGACUCUCAUAACGGCUGGGGUCUUGCUUUCAAAGCUUGUGGAUCUAAAUUGUUGGUGAUCGGAGGUCAAAGAGGGCCUCAAGGGGAAGUUGUUGUGUUGCGAUCUUGGUGCCCUGAGGGUGGAAAUAACAAUGGGUGGGGUGUGCUUUCUGUAAGAGAAAGAGCAGGCGGUUUCGUUCAUAAUUGUGCAAUAAUGGGUUGUUGAGGUGAAAAUAACAGUUUAUGCCACGAUUGGAGGAAGAGGAUUGUUUUCGUGUUGGGUAUUCUCUGCUUCAGAUUACUUACAUUUAUAACUGUAAUUUAUCAAUAUUGUUGCCUUCUGGCUUUAGUAAGUUUUUAGGAUGAGGGGUAGCGUGUCCGAUUUAAGUAAAGGCUUUUUGGAUCUUCAUAAGAUUUUAUUAUUUCCAGGAGUGAAGUCAUAAGGUGUAAUAUCUUCGGAGGAAACCCUAGAUUAGCUUGUUCUGUUAUGUUGUUCUAUUUAGUUUAUCCGUGCUGAGAUUUCUAUUUGCCAAAUUGUUCGGGCUCGAAAACUUGUCCUGUUUAUAAAGCAUGCGGUUCCUUCAGCUCAAUAUCUGUUUCUUGCAUCGAAACGCCUUUCCAGGCCUCGCUGUUCUUGACGAUUUGUUUUUGAUAUCAGUCUUCAAGCAGUUUGCUAUUAGUUUCGACAA